CACUGAGUCGCCAUGCCGAGUGGGCUCGUAAGGCAGCUCCACAAAGCGACUUAUGUCGCCGGGCUACGCGAAUUGCGAGCUGUUUCGAGCUUUUUUUGGGCAGCCCCACAAAACCUGCACGCCCCAAAUUAAGCUUGCCGGCGGCCUAAAUCGGCGCCAGCCAGCCUAAACAACAGCAGCUCUCGUCACGGCGCGCAUUGGGGUCCACUCUCGACGUACGGCCCAGAAGUCCGGGUCAAAAACGGCGCGCGCGGUGCUGAGGCCAAAUCCCUGCUGUGGGCAGCACGCAACGAGGACCACGAGGAAGAAGAAGUGAGGCUGCCCCGAGAUGAGCGCGCUGCGCGAGAGCAGAUUCCGGGGCACGGCCCAGGUCACCGUGCCCGACGGCGCGGCCGACGCCGAAUCCCCGAAGCACUUCGUGCCGCGACCGGACGGCCCGGCGCCGGCGCCGACGGCGUCGACGUCGGCGGGUGUGGAGCCGCCCGCGCCGGCGGUGGACCCUGACGGAGCGGUCGAGGCCGUCGACGCAACACUAGCAAUCUUCGACAACUCGAUCACAAGCCGCGGCUUCUUCGCGGCGCGCUCGCAGCCGGUGCGCGUUACUUGUGAAGGCGGCGAGCUCCGGUGGGCCGCCGCGGACGAGUCUGGAGUGUUGCGCCUCGACGCGAGCUCGUUCCGGCUCGUCCGCGGCGGCGCGAGUCCGACGUCGUUCGCGGGCAGCCUCCAGACGCCGCAGCGCCACGCCGCGGGCGCUCGCGAGUGGCGCUUCGCCCAUUUGGAACUUGACGCGAAGGUCAGCAUCACUCCAAAACGCGGCAGGGCCAUAUCAAAAAGACGCGCCGUCGGCCUCGCGCGCGACGCCGUCGUCGUUUUUAAAGCGGACGGCAAGAGGUCUUCGAUCCGCGAGCUGCGUCUACCGCCUGGUAUUAGGGCGACGGUCGCGCGCGGGGCGCCGCCGGCGCCGCCGCCCGCGCCCGCUGAGGCUCCCCCCGAGGCGCCGCCGUCCCCCGAGGAGCCGAAGAAACGCUGGUUCGAGCGGGCGCGGAAGGUAAGCAUACAAUAAUAGCGAUGGAAGCCGUUGGUACAGCCCUCGAGAACCAGCUAGUGCCUUACAGGACGCUAGCCCAAGCUGGAUUAUCGUGGUUGACUUUGCUGAGUUGUAGCCGUGACAGACACCUCGGAUGCUGUAGAUUCAGAAUAGAUCAUCAAUUAUCAGACACUGUAAGUGCCGACACCCUCAGGCUGAAAGCACGAGGCACUGCCACUGCACUAUGCUGCUGCUACUGCUGCUGCCGUGCGCCGCCGGGAUGAUCGCGCCGGUCGCGACGAAACCAGCAGCAGUCACCACACAACCCAAACAACAAACAGCAUUAAGCGCGCCGGGCCUCGUCGCAGCAUCAAACGAGGACCUCGAGGCCGUCGUCGGCGCGUCACGCGCGCGGCUCGCCUGGAAGGCGCUGCGCGAGGGCCGCGACCCGUGCGCGGACGCGGCGCUGUCAAGACAAGCGCGAGCCGACUUAGUGCAGACCUUCGGCGGCGAUGCCGUAAGCCUCGUCGAAACGUUCAAAGCGGCCGACGGCACGACCAAAUUGCUCGUCGACGUCGGCAAGCAGCAGCGCGUCGAGGCCGUGCUCAUCCCGCAGACGACGCGCGGCAAGCCCACGACGACGCUCUGCGUCUCCUCCCAGGUCGGCUGCGCCAUGGGCUGCGCCUUCUGCGCGACGGGCAGAAUGGGUUUGAUCCGGUCGCUGUCGUCGAGCGAGAUCUGCCAGCAGUUGUGGUUGGGGCUGAGGAUGGUACAAUCUAAUAAAUUGCCGCCCCUGCGGUCCAUCGUCUUCAUGGGCAUGGGCGACGCCGGCUGCAAUCCAAAACAUGCUACGGAAGCAGCGCGCUGCCUUACCGACCCCCAACGGUUCGGCUUCUCGCGGCACCGGCUGACGCUGUCGACGGUCGGGCCGACGCCGGCGGCCUUCCACGCACUCGCCGCGGCGCCCGGCCAACUGGCCUGGUCGCUCCACGCCGCCGACGCCGAUUUACGGAAACGACUCGUGCCGACGGCUUGCUACGAGCCCGAAGUUUUGCGCGACGGGCUCGCCGAGGCCGUCGAGGCGCACCGUUGCGAGUCGAGCAAGGAUAGGGCAGUCAUGGUCGCCGUGACUCUAUUAGCUGGCGUCAACGACCAGCCGCACCACGCGAAAGAAUUAGCGGCCUUCGUGGAGCCUCUACGGAAACGCGUGCCGCGCCUCGUCGUGGACCUGAUCCCCUACAACCCCGUGCCCGGGGACGUUUUUGAGCGGCCGGGCCGCGCGGCGAUCUCGGCGUUCCAGCAGGAGUUGAAACGGCGCGACCCGACGCUCUUCGUCGGCGUGCGCAACGCGCGCGGCGACGACGAGAUGGCCGCCUGCGGACAGCUCGCCACUAGUACCUCUAAGUCAUAA